AAUAAGCCCUAGUAAGAACAAGUUCAAGAAACUAUUCAUUCAAAACCUAAUUAGGGCAACAAAAAGAAAUGAAUCCAGCUGAUAAUGCAACCUUCUCUUUCUCUGAUCUUGAUUUUCUGGACUCUAUUGACCACCAUCUUCUGAUUAAUUCCGAUUUUUCGAACAGUUUUUCGCCGAUGAGUUCGAGCAACGUCGCAACUCCUAAUAGUCCUAGUUCAAGUUUUGGCAGCUGCCUUUUGGAUGAAAACAUUGAAGAAACAACAACUCCCGAAUCUCAAUCCAAGCCCGAGGAGCAAACGCAGGGCGGAAAGGCGGCGCGUGAGAGAAACACGAAUCAAGAUUGGAGGCGGUACAUAGGAGUGAGACAGCGGCCGUGGGGAAAGUUUGCGGCGGAAAUAAGGGACCCCGACAGGAGAGGUGCCAGACUGUGGCUAGGAACUUAUGAGACCCCAGAGUAACGCUUACGAUCAAGCCGCUUUCAAAAGGUAUAUGUUCUCUAAGAAGCUGAAAAUAUUAACUCUAAUUCUUUACUUUAUAAAGCUAUCAAUAAUUUCAACUCAUUGCAAGUAAAUCUCCAUUCUGUAAACGUUUAACCAUGUCAAUGAAGGAGUAUAAAGUAUUCAAUGUU